AUGCGUAUGGAUACAAGCUGUAAUUUGAAAAGGCGCAAGGUAUUGAAACUCAAAAUAUGUAACUACAUUAUAAUUCUCAUGGCUGUUCCUUUUGUUGUGGAAGGUUUGCCAAAUUCAUUAAAGUCAACAUCAUCACUGCCGCCUGAAUCGUGUAAUGGGCAUGAUGGUUAUGAACUCAGUAUAUUUGUCAAGAAACCCACACAUUACAUAUGUCCUGUGUGUGAUAAAGUAUUGAGAUCACCUAGACAGCUACAAUGUGGAGACAGGUUCUGUAAAAACUGUGUUGAGAAAAUAUUACAGAAAUCAGAAGAACCAGUUUGUCCUGUUGUUGAUUGUCAAGAAACAGUUGAUGUGAAUGAAAUAGUACCAGACCAUGCAGUGAGGAAAGACAUACUGGCUUUAGACAUUUACUGUGAAUAUAGAGAUAACGGUUGCAAUAAAAUCAUUAAACUGAGAGACUUAAGUUCACACAUACAAGAGUGUGGCUAUGCAGAAAUUGAUUGUAUACAUAAACAAAGAGGUUGUCAUGCUAAAGUAGAAAGAAGACAUUUGGCAGACCAUCUGGCCUCGGACUGUCUCUAUAGCCCAGUAACAUGUGAAUAUUGUAAUCAAUCACUUUCAAGAGAAGAUUUAGAAGAACACGUUAGAAGAUGUCCACAGGCUCCAGUGUCUUGUCCCAAUGGAUGUGGAGUCAAAGAUAUCCCAAGAAUGAAGGUCACCUUGGUACUUCUUGAUCAAGCCACAGGUCGUCGUAAUCUCUCAGAUACAUUCAGACCAGAUCCAACCAGUAGUAGCUUCAAGCAACCCACUGGUGAUAUGAAUGUGGCUUCUGGUUGUCCACUAUUUGUCUCUCAGUCUGUAUUGGAAACUCCAACUUACAUCAAGAAUGAUACAUUAUACAUCAAAGUGGUUGUUGAUACAUCCGAUUUAUAUGGCCCAUAA